AUGGCUCUCAGAACAGUUCUAACUUCAUGUCUUUUCGGAGCCAUCGUAUGUGCCCCGAUGAUUACCUUGCUGUCAGAACCUAAAACUUUAAGGUGUUUAACCAGAAGAUCAUUCAAAUUCGCUACUUAUGGAUUCUUACCCGGAAUCACCAUAGCCCCAAUACUGAUGUAUGCUCGGAUGAAAGAUCAACCGGACGAAGCAUUUUACGACAGGUGCUAUCGGCUACGGAGCAACAAAAGCCAGCUUCGUGUAGAUCGUUUCAGUUAUAUCGGUUUGGGAUGCGGCAGGAUAGCAGGUUUCGCCAACGCAGCUGGACCAAUACAAACAGCAAUAAUAUGA